GCUUUUCAGCUGCUAUCAAUGCAAAGUGCAAACACAACAAGUUAAUUGCCCACAGUAAUCAAGAUCAGAGUGAGAAACUGAGUCUAUCUCAGUCGAGCAUCUGUUUUUUUUAGCGUCUGUCGUCUUAGAUAUUGUCUCCAAGGCCAAACAGUGUUGUUGCAAGAGACUCUAUUGUAAGUAUUAAUUUUGAUAGAGCUAUCAAGUACAGAUCUUGAAUAUCGAAACAAGAGACAAGCAGAGAGUGUUCUCAAGAUGCCCAGGAAACCAGCUCGUGGUAGAGGGAGAUACAAUACUGCAAGCCCAACUGUGUCUGUUACUGGUUCCAAUGGAAGCAGCUCUGGCAGAAGAGCUGCCAGCACAGCUACUGCAUCAGCUAGCACUGGGUCUGGUGGGAAGGCAGCAGCAGCCCAAGUUAUGGUCACCAAGAGUGGCAGACAAACCAAGAACAGUAAUGGGAACCGCAGGAGAAAGUACCCAAGUAUUGGCAGGAGGACUCCUGUGCCCAAGUCAGGUAGACGAGGCCGUAAGAAGGAUAGCAGCAACUUGCAAGAUCCGACCAGCUACAAGUCUGAUGAUGGAGUGGUGUAUAAGCCAGGAGAUUAUGCUUAUGUGGACAGCCAACAGCCAGAGCUCCCCAACCAUAUCUGUAUCAUCAAGGAUUUCAAACUGGCCCGUAAAGACGCUGUUAUCGCUGAAGUCAAAUGGUUUUAUCGGGUUACCGAGUUACCAGAAGCCGUGUACUUACUGUUGAUGGAAGACAGGAAAAGUGGAAAAAGUGCUGCCGUAUUCGACCACCCCCAAGUCAAAGAUCGAGAGCUUUUUAUGGCCUUCAACAAAGACACCCACCCAGCCACACUGUUUAGGGGAAAGUGUUACAUCAAGAAACUGGACGAGUUAGGUGACAAACUGACUGAGUUUUUGGACAAAGACGACAGCUUCUUUUUUUCGUACGGCUACAAGCCUGAAUCAAGGAGGCUGACAUUGGAAGAUGAGGAGUCAUAUGUCCCCACAAGUCAACAGGCUGUGUUACCUGAGUGUAUCUGUGCAAACCCUCGUGAAGCUGAGCCCUACUCCUCCACUGGGACUGGCCUGACAAGCGAAUUCCCUCAAAGAGAAGAGAUGGUAUGGAACCCCCAGCUGUCUGAUGACGAGCUCCUCAUGUACCUGAGAGCUGCCAGGAGUAUUGCACUGCACGCUGGAGUGUGCAUGACUGGAAUGCUAGCAGAUGGAUACCUGGCUGCAUCAUCUGAUGAAACCACUCAGCAUGCAUUCGAUGUUCUGCAUAGAAAUGGCAACAACACGGAGAAUGCGAUGCAGGAGCUGAUAAAGCAUCCAAUAGUGAGCAGACUGGUGGGCAAGAAGAACUGGAGCAAAGAGGAUGCUCUUCUGUUCAGUAAAGGAAUGAGACAAUUUGGAAAGAAUUUCUUCAAAAUCAAUACAGAGCUUUUGCCUGGGAAACAGAUUACUGAGCUGGUGGAGUACUACUAUUUCUGGAAGAAAACGGACGCCGGUCUCAACUCACGCAAUACACGCCGACAGAGGAAGACAGCGCACAUUCGCCUGAGUCGGGCACUGCUCAAACCCAGGGAGGUCACGCCUGAUAAAGAGUUUGUUGACUGGAGCUCAUGUGAUGAGGACGAAGGAGACAGUGGGGAGGACAAGAAGAGCUACUAUGCCUGCCACCAUUGCUUCACAAGGACUGGUGUCAGUUGGCACCAUGCCGGCCCUGACAAGGCUAUCCUGUGUGAUGAUUGUCGAGUCCACUUCAAGAAUUAUGGCCUCAUGAGACAACUAGUCGUGAAAGGUGAACCCCCAGAGUUCAUAUUCAAAGACUUCCACGAGAUACCUGCCCAGCGUGAGGAUAGCUCCACCCCUCCAGCCACGCUACAACCCACACCCGACAAGAAACGGAAGACACGUAACAGCAACGGGACACGAGGUGCCGCUAGACCCGGGCUCAGGAGUGCCAAGACUUACACUGAGAAGAAUGAUUCCGAUGAUGAUGAAGAAGCGGAUGCCAGUGAGAGCAGUGAAAGCAGUGAAUAUGAGACACCCAUCUCAGUCAGCAAGCCCAAGCCAUUGCAGGCUCGUCGCUCAAUUCUUGACAACCUGGACGAAUGUCACAACAAGGACGACGUGGACACACCUCCCCCUCCAAAACGACAGAAGAGAGAACACAUGGAGGUCUCUAUGAGUGAGGAAGAAGGCAGUAUGGACUCAGGCAAUGGAAAUGGCACUCAGAAGUUCCCCAACCGAGACCACUCCCCUGGCGAAGCCUCGACUAGCUCUGCUAAUGAUGAGGAGGGGGGCUCCCCCUAUAGCAGCUCUCAGGCCUCCCCCAGACAUGCCCCCCCUCCACAACACUUCAGCAGAGUGACAAAGGACCGGGAGUCAUCGUGUGCACGAACAGACCUCGUGUAUUUGAAGAAAGCUCCAGUGCCCACUAAGGCAUCGGCCUUCUCUGCUCCUGGCACUAGUGCUCAUGGAGGUCACCCCUCAGAUCUACCCACCCCCACGGCUAAUGUCAAAGUCCCAAUCAUCACUCCCCACGCCCCCCAACUCCCGAGGGGGCCUCCAUCGUUCAUGAACUUCCCCCAGGGCCAUUUCGCCCCCCCUGGUGCUGCUCCACCACAAGCAGGACCUCAGGAGGUGGUCGUUAAACGAAGUAACUCGAGGGAGAGCAACCCGAACCGUGAGAGAGAGCAUCAACAGCAGUUACUACAACACCAGCAACAGCAGCAGCAGCAGCAGCAACAAUGGUUGGCCAUGGCCGCAAUGCAGGCAGCGGCACAGGCAGCGGCACAGGGCACACCAGCCAACCCACAGCUCCACCCCUCACACGCACACUUUACGCCUGUCACAGCCGGAUAUCCAGUAGCCACACCCACUUCACAAGUACAUCAUCAGGAACAAUCGCAACAGCAAACACAACAGCCGAUGGUGUUCACGUUUCCAACUCAAGACGAGAUAGUGAGACAGCGACUGGGUGGUCAACUCCAGGGCACUCCAGAGCAACAACACUACAUGGCAGCACUCAUGCAGCAGCAGGGAUUGUACCCAACCAUGAUUGCCGCUGGACAAAUGGAGGCUAACAGACUGCACGAGGAACAACACGGAAUGGCCACGCCUCAACCCCCUCAGAUCGUGGUACCUAUGGAACAGUACAUGCUCCUCCAACAGCAGCAGCAGCAGCAACAGCAGCAACAGCAACAAGCGGCAAUCGCAGCUGGACUCAGUCCAAUCGAUAGUAACCAAACUUUCAUAGAGUUUCAGCGAUUCUUUGAGAACACUAUGCAGCAAGUACAGAAGGACCCUAAUCUGUUGCAGCAGCCACAAGUGCAACACCUUGUGGCUAGCAGGAAUGCAAUGAUGCAACAGUUACACAUGCUACAAGCCGCAGGUCACGAUCAGCAUCAGAUAAAUGGUGUUCUACAACAACACUUGAUUCGAAUUCAACAAGAUCAGGUGAUGUUUCAAGCUCACGCUCAGCAGCAAGAAGCGGCGGCGGCAGCAGCUGCUCAUAAACAGAAAAUCAUUCUCGGGAGGCCGCCCGCGGCUUCAGACAACACUCCGAACCGAAGCAGCAGACCAGGUGUUAUAGUGGGGAAAUAGUUGAGUAACUCUGUGACUGCAUGUCUUAGGUGUAGUAGUUAUUAACCAAUUUUUUUCUCAAUAAUUACUUUUAUGAUGUAUAAUUAAUUUUACUGUAUUAUAAUACAUCAUCUGUGGUUUUAUGUUUGUAUCGUGCGUCACAUUGUCACCUCUUGUUGUUUGCAUCGUGCGUCACAUUGUCACCUCUUGUUGUGCAGUUAUAAAUAUACAGAAACUUUAUACAAUGUGCUUACACGUGACAAAGAUGAAAAAGGAGUUUGUUUACAAUG